AUGAGAAGAAAUGAAAGGUUUGACGAAGCAAGUACAAGAAAUGUUUUUGAGUUAUAUCACAUUAGCCACCCAAAACAUCGCCAGGAGAAAUAUGCUCCCAGACCCAAGAAACGACAUUAUUUCCAGGAAUGCCUUGAAAAUGUACCACCAGUACCAGUAGCACCUACGGCCGAAAAUUCUAUACCAAAUGUUCAUUAUUGCGAAUGGCAAUUGGAAAAAGAGAAUGGUAUGGAUGUUUAUGUUGCAGAAGGCAAUAUGCCUGCCAAAAUAGGAAGACCCAAGUGCAAACCUGAAAGUAGUUUGGGUAAAUCGAGUCACGUACCUAAAAUCAGAAGAGUUGUUGAUCUGGUGAAACUGAUAGAAAUAAGUAUCCAACCUAUGGAAAAGGAAAUAUCAAUGAAGAAAAUAAAAAGGAAGAAGAAACUAUCAGACAGAUGUUGCAAUAUCCAAACUAGCGAAGAAAUUUAUCAAAACUCUUAUGACAACCUGUUGCUAUAUCCAAAACUCUUUAUAUAUGACCUGCCAUUACCGACACCAAAAGAAACAGAUAUAAGUGAUGAAGAUCCUGAUACUUGUGAUGAAUUCAAGUAUGAAAGUAAAGAAUUAGAGGAAAAAGUGGGAUACUAUAUGAAGAAAUGGUCAGAUGAAGAACUGUAUAAGAACCUAUGGAAAAAUAUACAGAAUUCAGCAAUAUAUAUGACGACCCUUGAGGAGAUACCUAUCCUUGAUGAAGACCAGGACAAACAUCAAAAUGAUGAAGAAACCCUGAAACAGAAUAUUGAUAUCAGGUUAACUAAAGAAGAGCAAGAAGAAGCCACAACAUUCUUUGAGAAAAAAAAAGAUCUUUUUGCAAAGAAUAUCAUGGAGUUAAUCCAAACCAAU